AUGAAGCGCUUCAGCGGCACGGUGAAGGUACGCGUGGGCGAAGCGGUGGACCUGCAGCCCACUAAAGCGUCCACGCGUCAUGCCGUGGCUCUCGGUAAGGCCGGAGUGGGACUGAUUGGCGGCACGGUCCUGGACCCGUACGUGGUGGUGCGGGUGGACGAACACGCGGUCGGACAGACCCGCGUGAAGCAGCGCACCAACGCGCCUACCUACAACGAGGAGUUCAGCGUGGGCGUGGAUCGGGGGGAACGCCUGGAGUUCGCCGUGUUCCACCAAUCACCCAUCGGCUACGACGACUUCAUCUGCCACUGCACCAUCCAGUUCCAGGACCUGCGCAGCAGCGAGAGCGCUCUGGAGACUUUCGAGGGAUGGGUUGACCUGGAGCCAGAGGGCAAGGUGUACAUCCAGAUCACUCUCGAUGGAUCAUUUACUGAUGAAGACCCUCCGGCUCCUUCUCCAACGUUUAAGGAGUUCAGUCGGAAACGCCAGCGAGCCGUGAGACGGAGAAUCCAUCAGGUCAAUGGCCACAAGUUCAUGUCCACCUUCCUGAAACAGCCCACUUUCUGUUUCCACUGCAAAGAUUUUAUAUGGGGUGUGUUUGGAAAGCAGGGCUACCAGUGUCAAGUGUGUACUUGUGUUGUUCAUAAACGAUGCCAUCAGCUUGUCGUCACCGUGUGUCCACGCAUGAAAAAACCUGCUAAAGAACAGACGGUGAAUCAGGGCUUCAGUAUCAACGUUCCCCACAGGUUCAACAUCCACAAUUAUAAGGUUCCUACCUUCUGUGAUCACUGUGGAUCUUUACUGUGGGGCAUCGUCAAGCAGGGACUACACUGCAAGAUCUGUAAGAUGAACAUUCAUAUUCGUUGUGAGGGGAACGUCGCACCGAACUGUGGGGUAAACAACGUGGAGCUAGCUAACAAGUUAGCAGAGAUGGGACUUCAGCCAGGGGGAACAAUAAAGCGCAACUCAUUGAGUGUAGCCGGUGUAGAAUCAUCUCGGCGUGUCAGUAUGAAGGAGAGUGAAUCUCCAGAGAAGGAGAAGGUUCGAACCCUGCACGUCACUGAUUUCACCUUACUGCAGGUGCUCGGCAAAGGCAGCUUUGGCAAGGUGAUGUUGGCGAGGUUGAAUGGUUCCGAUCGUGUGUUUGCUGUGAAGGUUUUAAAGAAAGACGUGAUUCUGCAGGACGACGAUGUGGAGUGCACGCUGACAGAGAAACGAGUGCUGACGCUCGCACACACACACCCCUACCUUACACACCUGUACUGCUGCUUCCAAAACCCGGAACGUUUGUUCUUUGUGAUGGAGUUUGUGAACGGUGGUGACCUGAUGUUCCAUAUUCAGAAAUCCAGAAAGUUUGAGGAGAACCGAGCCAGGUUUUAUGCAGCCGAAAUUACAUGUGCACUCAUCUUCCUACACAACAAGGGUAUUAUAUACAGGGAUCUGAAACUGGAUAACGUGUUGUUAGACAGAGAAGGUCACUGUAAGCUGGCAGAUUUUGGAAUGUGUAAAGAAGGGAUAUUUGAAGGAUCAGCUACAGGAACGUUCUGUGGAACACCUGAUUACAUCGCUCCUGAGAUCCUGCAGGAGAUGCUCUACGGGCCGUCGGUGGAUUGGUGGGCCCUGGGAGUGCUUUUAUACGAGAUGCUUUCAGGCCACGCCCCCUUCGAGGCAGAGAAUGAAGAUGAUCUGUUCGAGUGUAUUCUGAAUGAGGAGAUUGUUUACGCCUCCUGGUUGAGCAUUGAAGCUGUGAAUAUUCUCAGAGCUUUCCUGAUAAAGAAUCCAUCUCGGCGUCUGGGCUGUGUUGCGGCCGACGGAGGAGAGAAGGCAGUUACGGCUCACGCUUUCUUCACACCUAUCGACUGGGACAAACUGAGCCGUAGAGAGCUGGAGCCGCCGUUCAAACCUCAAAUUAAAGCAGCCGAGGACGUGAACAAUUUCGACCCGGAUUUCACUCAUGAAGAUGCUGUUCUCACUCCCAUUGAGGCCGGUGUGCUGCCCCAGAUCAACCAGGAUGAGUUCAAUGGAUUCUCCUUCACCUCAGAGCAAAUGCUGCAGUACUGCCCACCCUAAAGA